UCAGUCCCUCUGUCCAUCUGUCCGUGUCCCCCUGUCCGUGGCCAUGUACGCGUCGGGCUCUGCGGGCUCUCGGCGUGGCCGUCGCGGCGCGGCGGUUCCGAAGCAGGCCGAGCGCAGCCUGGCGUCGGCGCUGCCGGGGGCUCUGGCCAUCACGGCGCUGUGCACGGCGCUGGCCGAGCCGGCCUGGCUGCGCAUCCACGGCGGCACCUGCGCGCGCCAGGAGCUCGGCGUGGCCGACGUGCUGGGAUUCGUCAAACCCGAGCUGCUCCGCGAUUUCUGUAUGAACCCACAGACUGUGCUGCUGCUCCGGGUUAUUGCUGCUUUUUGCUUCCUGGGAAUUCUCUGCAGCCUCGGCGCUUUCCUGCUCGACGUCUUCGGACCCAAACACCCGGCGCUGAAAAUCACGCGGCGCUACGCCUUCGCCCACAUCCUCACAGUUUUGCAGUGCGCCACGGUGAUCGGUUUCUGCUACUGGGCGUCGGAGCUGCUCCUGGCGCAGCAGCAGCAGCACAAGAAGUACCACGGCUCUCAGGUGUUCGUCACCUUCGCCGUCAGUUUUUACCUGGUGGCCGGCGCGGGCGGCGCCUCCAUCCUGGCCACGGCCGCCAAUCUCCUCCGGCACUACCCCAGCGAGGAAGAGGAGCAGGCGCUGGAGCUGCUCUCGGAGAUGGAGGAGGCCGAGCCCUACGGGCCCGACUACGAGGUGGUCAAUCAGUUCCAGCCGCCGCCCGCCUACACGCCCUGA